UAAAAACGUAGAGCGAAAAAGUCCACGAAAAGAGGGAAUAAGCGCACAUUGCGCAGCGUCUCUCGAUACACCGUUUACAUGAAUGUUAAGAAACGCGGAGCACAGUAUGAGCCCGGCGCUGGGCCAAGCGCCGAACCUCACACAAGGUCACACCGUUUUAAUUACUCCUCGUCUACAACUUGUUCACCGUCGGGACUUGACAGAUACAGAGACGUGCCACGGACACAUAGGAGAAUGACGCAGAGGGAGGAUGCUCUCAAGUUCGAGCAGAGCCGUAUCAAGUCCUUGCAAGAAGAGCGGCUCCUUAUCCAGAAAAAGACCUUUACGAAAUGGAUCAACUCGUUUCUACUCAAGGCUCGCAUGGAGCUGGAGGACUUAUUUACGGACCUGGCCGAUGGGAAAAAGCUACUGAAGCUAUUGGAGAUUAUUUCGGGCGAGCGCCUGGCCAAGCCCAACAAUGGCCGGAUGCGCGUACACAAAAUCGAAAAUGUCAAUAAGUCGCUGGCAGUCCUGCACACGAAGGUACGUUUAGAAAGUAUCGGCGCGGAGGAUAUCGUGGAUGGAAAUCCCCGUUUAAUUCUUGGUUUGAUAUGGACGAUAAUCCUGCGAUUCCAAAUCCAAGAGAUCGAGAUCGAUGUCGACGAAGAAAAUGAGAGCAGCGAAAAGAAAUCGGCCAAGGACGCAUUACUACUCUGGUGUCAAAGGAAGACAAACGGAUAUCCUGGUGUAAACAUUCAAGAUUUCACGGGAUCAUGGAGAAGCGGAUUGGGCUUCAACGCCCUCAUCCACGCGCACCGACCGGACCUGGUCAAGUGGUCCGAGCUUCAACAAACCAAGCACAUCGACAAUCUGAAUUAUGCCUUCGACGUGGCGAAUUCGGAGCUUGGCAUUCCGCGGCUUCUCGACGCCGAGGACGUCGACACCGCCCGCCCCGACGAAAAAUCCAUCAUGACGUAUGUCGCCUCCUACUACCACACGUUCGCCAGAAUGAAGAACGAAAUCAAAAGCGGCAAAAGGAUCGCAAACAUCGUCGGCCAAAUGAUGGACGCGGACAAGAUGAAGGUCCAUUACGGUAAGCUGACGGGCGAGCUUCUCGAGUGGAUCAAGCUGAAGAUGGCGGUGCUGGAGGACCGGGAGUUCCCGAAUUCCCUCGAAGGCAUCCAGCGGGAACUGCUCGCGUUCAAGCAGUACCGCACGGUGGAGAAGCCACCCAAGUAUAAGGAGCGCUCGGAGAUCGAGGCCCUCUUCUUCCACAUAAACACACGGCUCAAGUCUCUCGAUCAGCCGGCGUUCGUGCCUCAGGAAGGCCAGCUGGUGAACGACAUCGAGCGCAAGUGGAUCGAGCUGGAACGGGCGGAGCACCGGCGCGAGGUCGCCCUGCGCAGCGAGCUCCUGCGGCAGGAGCGACUCGAGCAGCUGAACUACAAGUUCGAGCGAAAGAGCGUCCUGCGCGAGGGCUACCUCAAGGAGAUGAUUCAGGUACUCUCGGAUCCGCGCUACGGCAGCAACCUCGCCCAGGUGGACGCGACCGUGAAGAAGCACGAGGCCAUAAGCGCGGACAUUCUCGCGCGGGAGGAGCGCUUCCACGACCUGACCAACAUGUCGGAGGAGCUCGUGCGCGAGAAGUAUCACGGGCUCGACCGGGUGAGGGCACGCGAGCAGCAGGUGCUCCAGCGUUGGCGAGAGCUCCUCGGGCUCCUCGACAGGCACAAGGCCAAUCUGUCGGCCCUCUGCGCCCUCAUGAGCUUGAUGCGCGAGAUCGAGACGACGCUCGCAAGCCUCCAGGAAUUGCAGCUCUGCUUCCAGAGCACCGAGGUUGGACCCCAUCUCCUCGGGGUCGAGGACCUUCUACAGAGACACAGUCUGCAGGAGCUUCAGGUGACGGCACUCGGUGAAAGUCAGCGUCGGCUCGGCAGGCAGGCGACGCAGCUUCAGAGCCAGGUGGCGGGUCAGGCGCUCCAGGGCGCGCCUGUCCUCGGUAAGGAGGCCGCUGUACUCGAGGCCAAGAUCGACCAACUCAACAAAGCUUACGGACAACUCGGAGAGUACAGCAAAGAGCGUAAAGCGAGGCUGGAGGAUGCACGAAACUUCUUCCAGUUUCUGCAAGAUCACGAGGACGAGGAGUCGUGGCUGGUGGAACGCCAGCGGAUCUGCCGGGCCGGAAUAUUGGCGAAAGAUUUACGGGCACUGAUAUCGUUGCAGCAGAAACACAAAGCUCUGGAGGACGAGACGAAGACGAGGAGGCCAAAGUCGGAGCAGCUCAGCCAGGCAGGCAAGAGACUCGUUUGCGAGCAGCAUCCGUCAGCACCGGAAAUUGAAAACAGAUUGGAGUCGCUAUUGGGGCACUGGAGGAUCCUCGAGGAAUUACUUGCUUUGAGGAAGAAGCAGCUGGAGGAGGCCGGCGAAGCGCUACAGUUCUGCGCGGACGCGAACGAGGCGGAUUCGUGGAUGAAGGAGAAGAUGGCCCUAGUGACGUCGGAGGAUUACGGAGUGGACGAACCCAGUGCUCAGGCAUUAUUGCAACGCCACAAGGACCUCGAAGGCGAGCUGAACGCGUACAGUGGGGACCUGCAAUCACUCAACGUCCAGGCGGAACGGCUUCAGCGGGCCGGUGUGUCCUCGUUGCAGACUGAUACCGGUCAGGACAGCGAGCAGGUGGAACCCCUAGCGGACCUCGAGCAGGACGAGUGGAUACAGGAAGUGCGGCUAGUGCCACAGGACGAAUGGGUCGACGAGACCGUCGAGUGCACCGAGCCACGUACCGUCCUCGAUGAGAGGCUUGUGCCUCAGGUGAGGAGCCUCUAUCCAUUCAGUGGACAGGGCAUGCAGAUGACCAAGGGCGAGACUAUGCUGCUGUUGAAUAAGACCAAUCCGGACUGGUGGAGCGUGCGGAAGGCCGACGGGACGGAUGGCUUCGUACCCGCGAGUUACGUUCGCGAGAUCGAGCCCAAAAUCAUUCAGGUUCAAGUGCGGAAGCCCGAGCGCGUGAGAUUGACGCAGCGUGUAAAGAAGACGCGAAUGGUGCGCCAGGUGGUGUUGGUGCGGCAGGUUAAGUCACCGCGCUCGGUGGUGAAGCCCGUGAGCCGUCGACCGGCGGCAAGUGACGCGGACAGCCUCGAGAAGCGCAUGAAAAAGAUCAACGAGACGUACGAGCAGCUGCAGAAGCUGGCGUCGCGCCGUUACGGCCUCCUCGAGGACGCGAUACGACUGCACGGCUUUUAUCGGGAAUGCGACGACUUUGAGAAGUGGAUCAGGGAUAGGGAGAAGAUGCUGAACGCGGACGACUCGCGGGACAAUGUUGAGACGGCCAAGCGCAAGUACGAAAAGUUCCUCACGGACCUGUCUGCGUCCGGGAAGAGGGUCGAGGCCAUCGACGCUGCGGUCGAGGACUUUGUCGAGCAGGGCCACGGUCAGCUCGACAAGGUCCGCGCCAGGCAGAGGCACAUACACCAGCUGUGGGAGCAUCUCAAUUGGCUCAAGGCCCAGAAGGAGAAGAGCCUCGAGGGAGCAUCGAGCGUCGAGCUAUUCAACAGGACCUGCGACGAGGCGCACGACUGGAUGCUCGAGAAGAUCACGCAGCUAGAUACCGCGGAGAUCGGCCCGGAUCUUAAGACAGUGCAGGCUUUACAGAGGAGGCACCAACACCUCGAGCGCGAGCUCGCCCCGGUCGAGGAGAAGGUGAGGAAGGUGAAUCUGUUGGCAAACAGCGUGAAGAGCACCUACCCGAACGAGCUCGGAAACGUGAAUCAGCGACAAAAUGAGAUACGCGACCUGUGGCACCAGGUGCAGUCGAAAGCAAUAGAGCGCCGCUCUCGACUGGAGGACGCGGUUGGCCAGCAGAUUUUCAUGAAUAGCUCCAAGAACUUGAUCGGCUGGGCGACGGACACGCACGAGACGAUGAAGGUGGAGGAGCCGGUGAGGGACAUCGCGACUGCCGAGAAACUGCGAAAACAGCACGUGGAACUCGGCGAGGAGAUCAAGACGAAGGAGGACGAAUUCCGGGAGGUCGAGGCCUUGGGUAGCCAGUUGCUGUUGAGAAAUCCAUCGCUAAAUGAGAUAAAGGAGCGCCACGACAAGCUUCGUGGCCUCUACGACUCGGUGUCGACGACCUGGCUGUCCAAGCAGGCCUGGCUGGAGCAGUGCCUCGAGCUGCAGCAGUUCAAUCGCGAGGCCGACCAGAUCGACGCGAGUACGAGCUCUCACGCGACUUUCCUCGAGUUCGCGGACCUCGGCGAGUCGCUCGACGACGUCGAGGCUCUACUCAAACAGCACGAGAAAUUCGAGAACACCCUUCACGCCCAAGACGAUCGGCUUAAGAUCUUUAGUGACGUGGCUGAUAAGCUCAUCGGCCAGAACCACUACGACAAGAGCAACAUCAACGAGAAGAGGAACCAGGUUAUCGCGCGUAGGGCAACCGUGAAGGAGGCUGCGCAGCGUCGGCGAGCCGCCCUCAUGGCUUCGGAGUACUACCAGCAGUUCUCGGCCGAGGUGGAUGAUCUGCGGGACUGGCUGUAUGACAAAAUGAAAACGGCAUCCGACGAGACUUAUCGAGACUUGAACAACCUCGAACGCAAACUUCAGAAGCACGAGGCUUUCGAGCGCGAGCUCCGGGCCAACGAGGGCCAACUGAGAGCUGUGAACAAGGCCGGCAAGGCUCUCAUAUCCGAGGAAAAUUAUAGAUCCGAGGACGUUGGUAAAAUUCUAAAGGAUCUCAAUGAACAAUGGGAUCAGCUGGUUGUCCUGUCUUUGGAGAAAGGCAGAAGAUUGCGACAAGCAGCCGCCCAACACGGAUACAAUCGCAUCAUCGAGGACGCGCGACUCGACCUAGAGGAGAUCGAAAAUUCUCUUUCAAGCAAAGAAGUUGGCAAAGAUCUGCGCAGCUGCAAAGAUCUUUUGAAGAAGCAUCAAAUGUUGGAGACGAAACUUGUACAAUGGGGGCAGAAGGUGAACGACCUCGUGACGAUGGGGCAGGAGAUGGCUCACGAGGGCCACUUCGAUGCUCCAAAUAUUUUGAAAACUAGUCAAGCUACGCAGAAGAAAUUUCAGAGCCUAAAUGAGCCGGCAAAGCGUCGUCGCGAAGCUUUGGAGGAGAGUCUGCGUUUCCAUAAGUUUGGCUUCGAGUUGGACGCGGAAUUGCAAUGGAUCAACGAUCAUUUGCCCCAGGCGUCGUCCACGAUGUUGGGACAAAAUUUACAUCAGGCGCAAUCCUUACACAAGAAGCAUAAGAAAUUUGAAGCGGAGGUUACGGGACACGAGCCGAUGAUAAUGAAGACACUUGCUUCCGGCCAAGGACUUAUCGAUCAAAUGCAUCCCGAGCGAGAGAAGAUACAAGAUCUAUGCGACACUUUGAGUAAUGCUUGGAAGAAUCUUCGAGACAAAGGGGCGGAGCGCAGCCACACACUCGACCUUUCGUUGAAGGCUCAGGAAUUUUUCUUCGAAGCCGGCGAAGUGGAAAGUUGGCUAGUUGAGAAAAACGACGUACUCAACUCGACCGAUUAUGGACGGGAUCGCGACGCAGCUACGAAAUUACUUACCAAACACAAGGCCCUGGAGCUCGAGCUCGACACGUACAAUGGCAUUGUGACGGAGAUGGGCAACACCGCCUCAACGAUGAUCAAUGCAAAGCACCCGGACAGCAAAUCGAUCACCAACAAGCAGCAGGCCAUCGCCCAACAGGUGAGGUCGCUGCAGCGACUGGCGACUCUACGCCAGCAGCGCCUCAUGGAGAGUAUGUACCGACACGAGUACUUCCUCGAGAGUCGCGAGCUCGAGCAGUGGAUCAAGGAGCAGGAGCAGACCGCCGCCUCCGAGGAUUACGGUCAGGAUUACGAGCACUUGUUGCUGCUCCAGGCCAAGUUUAACGACUUUAAGCACAGAAUCGAGGCUGGCUCGGAGAGAUUCAAUCAGUGUCAAGUGCUGGCCAAGAAGCUUAUUGCCAACGAGAGUCCCUACAUACAGGAUAUUGAGAAGCGGCAGCAGCAACUUGGAAAAGGUGAUGACGAUCCUGUACUGGAGGUGGCUCAAUUGCAUGCGUCCAUAUGGGACUCUUGGCAGCAUCUGCUGAAGCUGGUGCGCAAUCGCGAGCAGCGACUGCAGGCCGCCGGCGAGAUACAUCGCUUCCAUCGGGACGUGGCCGAGACUCUUUCACGCAUUCAAGAAAAGAAGGCAGCCCUACCCGACGACCUCGGUCGCGAUCUAAACUCCGUUCUGGCCCUCAUCAGGCGCCACGAGGGCUUUGAGAACGACCUCGUCGCCUUAGAGGCUCAGGUCCAGGUACUCGUGGAGGAUGCCGCGAGGCUGCAGGCGCUGUAUCCCGGUAACAACGCCGCUCACAUUGACCAGCAGCAGAAGAUCGUCUUGGCCAAUUGGGAUGAGCUGAAGGAGAGGGCAGCGCACAGGCGCGACCAAUUGCAGGCCAGCUGCGACCUUCAAAGAUUCUUGACUCAGGUGCGAGAUUUGAUGAAUUGGACAGCCGGAUUAUGCGCGACGAUGUCCACGCAAGACAACGUUCGCGAUGCUGCCAGUGCUCAAAUCUUGAAAGCUGAACACGAAGCCUUGAAGGGCGAAAUUGAGGCACGGGAGGAUACGUUUAGUUGCGUGCUCGACCUUGGCGAAGCUAUGGUUCAAACUGGGCACUACGCUGCUAGUGAGGUGGAGGAGAAGUGCAGCCAAUUGUUGGAGGAGCGGCAGAAGCUGCACACGGCCUGGCAGCAGAAAAAGAUUCACCUAGACCAGUUGAUAGAUCUUCAUUUCUUCCUGCGGGACGCAAAGCAACUGGAUAAUUUGUCGGCGAGCCAGGAGGCCGCCCUGAGCAACGAUAACUUCGGCGUGUCCGUUGAGGAGGUCGACGGCCAAGCGAAGAAGCACAAUGAGUUCGAGAAGCUACUGCUCACCCAAGAGGACAAGCUCACGGCCCUCCAAGAGCACGGCUCGAAGCUCCUCUCGCAGAAUCACUUCGAGGCACGUGCCAUCGCUAAGCGCCUCGACGAGGUCAUACAUAGGCGGGCGCGCAUACGCGAGCUCUGCUCCGCGAGAAGGUCGAGGCUCGAGGCCGGAUUACUGCACGCGCAGUUCGUCCGGGACGUGGGCGAAGCCGAGUCGUGGAUCGGCGAGAAGCAGAAGAAGCUCGAAGCCGAGGCCUCAAAGGGACAGGUCUCGAGCCUCGAGGACAAGAUCAAGAAGCUACAGAAGCAUCAGGCCUUCCAGGCCGAGCUCGCUGCCAAUCAGAGCAGAAUCGAGGAGAUCAAAGUCAAGGGCGAAAUGCUGCUUAUGCAAAAACAUCCGGCCAGUAGCGAAAUCCGCCAACAAUUGGAUCACUUGCAUUCAUCGUGGAAGAAGCUGCUGGUUGAAUCGGAAAAUCGGGGCCGAGGUCUCGAAGAGGCACAGGACAUUCUCGACUUUAACAAUCAAGUCGAAAAAAUCGAGGCGUGGAUUCGCGAUAAGGAGAUGAUGGUGCAAGCCGGUGAUAUCGGAAAGGAUUACGAACACUGCUUGAGCCUGCAACGUAAGCUCGACGACGUGGACAGCGACAUGAGGGUCGAUGACGCUCGAAUCAAGACUAUCAAUGCUUUAGCCGACAAAUUAAUUAAACAGGAGAAAGGUGAAGAAACCAGAGCCAUUCAGCAACGGCGAGAUAUUUUUAACAACAAGUGGCGAGGCCUGCAGGGCGCACUUGGCACGUACCGAGAAACUUUAGCGGGAGCCCUUGAAAUUCACUUGUUCAAUCGAGAUAUCGAUGAUACGAAUCAGAGAGUCGUGGAAAAGUCAUUGGCAAUGAACACGACGGAUGUAGGCAAGGAUUUGGCCGGUGUCGAGCAUCUUCAGAGAAAGCAAGAGACAAUGGAGAGGGACAUGACAGCUAUCGAGGGCAAAUUAAGAGAGCACCAAUUGGAGGCUCGCAAGCUCUCGCAAAAGUAUCCCGAGAAUGCCGCUCAGAUAAACGGCAUCCUCUCGGAACUCGAGGCCAACUGGCAGGAGCUGCAACGGCUGACGAACGAUCGGCGGGCAUCCCUAAGUCAGGCUUACACUCUCCACAAGUUCCGAGCCGAGCUGCGCGAGCUCGAGAUCUGGGUAGCUGACGCAAUUAAGCGCAUGAACGAGGCUGAGCCGCCGACGAGCAUCAUCGAGGCGGAGGCGCUCCUCGAGCUGCACCAGGAGAGGAAGGCCGAGAUCGACGGCAGGCAGGAGACAUUCAAGGCGCUUGGCGAGCACGGCCGCAAGCUUGUGCCCACCGGUGACUUUGUACGCGAGAGCCUGAGUCACCUGGAGAGGCUGCAGCUGGGCCUCGACGACGCCUGGCAUAGUGGCAAGCAAAAGCUCAAGCAGGCGCAUCAGCUGCAGCUGUUUAAGGAGCAGGCUAGCCAAGCGGAUGGCUGGCUGGCGACGAAGGAAGCCUUCCUGAACAACGACGACCUCGGCGAGUCCUUGUCCGGCGUGGAGAAGCUAAUGCGAAAGCACGAGGACUUUGAGAAGAUGCUGAUCCCACAGCUCGGCCGCAUCGAGGAACUGGAAAAGUUUGCGAGCGCCAUGUUGUUCGAGGGUCACGCGGACGCUGCGAGCAUUGAGUCGAGGCUCGCGGCUGUCUGCACGAGGCGCGACAAGCUCAAGAGCUCUGCGUCAACGAGGCGAAAUAAGCUGGUAGAGAGCCGACGGCUCCAUCAGUUCCUGAGGAACGUCCUCGAGGUCGAGGGUUGGCUGCACGAGAAGCAGCAGGUGGCCAGUGACGAGAAUUACAGGGACUCAACGAAUUUGCAGAGCAAAAUCCAGAAGCACGUGGCGUUCGAGAGCGAGCUCUCGGCUAAUAAAGGACGCGUGUCGGCAGUUACCAGUGAAGGUGAUGCACUUGUCAAGGAAAGUCAUUAUGCGUUGAAGGAGAUCCAAGAGCGCCUCGAUGAGCUCGAGGCCGAAUGGGAGCUUUUGCAAGAGACCAGCAAAUUAAAGAAAACUCGCCUCGACGAUGCUUAUCAAGCGCUUUUAUUCAGCCGCACUCUCGACGAGUUCGAGGCUUGGAUCGACGAAAUCGAAACACAACUCCAGUCCGAGGAUCACGGCAAAGAUCUGUCCAGCGUUGCCAAUCUCUUAAAACGACACACGAAUCUGGAGAACGACGUUAUGAGCCAUAACGAAGCUUGCGAGUCAAUCAAGGAGACAGCUGGAAAUUUCCAACGCGCCAAACAUUUUAUGAGCGAGGAAAUUCAGGAGCGAGCGGCCUCAACCAUCAGCAGGUAUCAUGGCUUACAAGAGCCCAUGCAGAUACGAAGGGACAACCUCGAGGACGCAAAGCUCCUGCAUCAGUUUGCCCGAGACGUGGAGGACGAGCUGCAUUGGCUGUCGGAAAAGGAAGCCCUGGCCGCCAGCAAGGACCUUGGUAGCUCGCUCAUGACGGUCCAGCGGCUCCAGAAGAAACAUCACGCACUCGAGGCUGAGCUCGUGUCGCGGGAGCCGGUGGUCGCGUCCCUCGCGAGCAGAGCUACCGCGAUGGUGAGGAGCGGCCACUUUGCCUCCGAGAAAAUCGAGUCCCUCUCGCGUGAGCUGCAGCAGAAGCUUAUACAUCUCAGGGAUCUUGCAAGCAUCAGGAAGCUGAGGCUGCUGGACGCGGUCGAGUCGCAAAUGUUUUAUGCCGAAGCCGCGGAGGCCGAGCAGUGGAUCAAAGAGAAGCAGCCAUUAUUGAAUUCGUCAGAUUAUGGUAAAGACGAAGACUCGGUUCAGUCGCUGUUUAAGAAGCUCGAAGGCGUCGAGCGCGACUUGUGCGGCUUCACCAGCAUCGUGGAGAAUUUAAAAAAACUGUCCAAGGGAUUGGUCGAGAGGCAUCAUUUCGAUAGCAGAAAUAUAGCGUACAAGCAGUCGGAAAUCGAGCAUAAAUUCGAAGAUCUGCAAAACAUGAAAGAGAAAAGAUCCCAGAGGUUGCUGGAGAGCGAGAAGUACCACAGGUUCAUCAUGCAAGCCGAUCAAGUCAUUGAAUGGAUCGGCGAUCAAACGACGGUUGCCGCGUCGGAGGACUACGGCUGUGACGUCGAGCACGUGGAGCUGCUCAUUCAAAUGUUCGACAAUUUCUUGUCCAGCCUAAUAAGCAGUGAGAACCGCAUGACAGGUAUCAUCGAAGCAGGUCAGAAGCUCAUCGAAGAGAAGAACCCCGAGUCCGGCAAGAUUCAUAUGAAGAUCGACGAGACGAAGCAACAAUGGGAGGAUCUGAAAGAGCUGGCGCACGCGCGACAAGAUGCGCUCGCCGGUGCCAAACAAGUACACAUGUUUGACCGGACGGCCGAUGAAACGAUAUCGUGGAUUCAAGAGAAGGAGGCGAGCCUUGGCUCCGACCACGAGUAUGCUCACGACCUGGAAACCAUCCAAGCCCUCGUACGUAAACAUCAAGGACUCGAUACGGAUCUUGGCGCGGUCAAGGAGCAGGUGGAGUCGGUGAUGGAAGAGGCCUCGAGACUGGCCGGUUUGUUCCCCGAUGCGACGGAGCACAUCGCUGUGAAGCACGAGCAGGUGGACGAGUCGUGGAACGAGCUGCUGGAGAAAGCGGCUCUGCGCAAAAGCAAACUCGUGCAGGCCGAGCAGUUGCAAGCUUACUUCGACGAUUAUCGGGAUCUACAAUCCUGGAUUAACGAGAUGGUGGCAAAGGUGACGGCUCCGGAUUUGGCGCGCGACGUCCCCGGUGCCGAGACCCUCAUCUCACGACACAAUGAGUCGCGAGCCGAGAUCGACACGCAUGACGACGCCUUCGGCAAGUUCUACGAGACCGGCCAGGCCCUCGUCCAGCAGGGCCACUUCCUCGCCAAGGAGAUACAGGAGAAGGUGUCCGUACUCAGACAGAGGAGCCAGAUACUCGAGGAGACGUGGCAGCGCAGGAAGCUCAUCUACGAGCAGAAUCUUGACACGCAGACGUUCAAGCGAGACGCCGAGACACUGGAGAAUUGGAUCGCGAGCAGGGAGCCAAUGUUGAGGGACGACCAGUUCGGCGAGUCCAUACCCCAGGUCGAGGAGCUCAUUAUGAAGCAUCAGGAUUUUGAAAAGACCAUCGAAGCGCAGGAGGAGAAGUUCAGCGCGCUCAAGCGAGUUACAAUGCUGGAGAAGGCCUUCCAGAAGCAAUUGGAGACCGAAGUGGCAGCGCGUCAAGCGGAGAAGGAGCGUGUGGAAAGAGCGCGACUCGAGGAACGUAAGCGCAAGGAGGUGCAGAGGAUCACGGAGGAGCGUAAACGUGAGGAAGAAAGACGGAGGUACAUCGAGAGUCCGCGGCACAUGUCGCGGGACGAGAUGAAUGGUUCCUUGGAUGAUCAUGAAACAACGCUGAAUAGGUCCUCCGCUUCAAUCAAGGGUGGCGUCAACGAUAAUUCUCAAAAUAACGCCCCGGCCACUAGCAAAUACGGAGGUCUGCACCACAUGCUGAGCGAUCGGCUUCGCCGAACGUCGGCCGCGGAUAUCAAACGAGCCGAGAGUAUGAAGGUCGAUACGAAGAAACCAAAGAGAACGCCAAGCUUCACCACGAGACGAAGGACGCAGAGUUUCAGGAAGCACCAGCGAAUCGAAAACGUAGACUCUCUACCACCGGUCGAGAUUCAAGGCGUCCUUGAAAGGAAGCACGAGCUCCAAAGCGGCGGCAAAAAAGCCGCAGUCAGAUCCUGGAAACCGUAUUACACAGUGUUGUGUGGACAACUACUCUGCUUUUUCAAAGACAUCGAUGACUUGCAGUCGAGUAAAGCGGCAACCGCCCCCAUCAAUAUAUUUAAUGCCGUAUGUGAAAAAGCCGAGGACUAUACGAAGCGGAAAAACGUAUUCCGAUUGAAAUGUACGGAUGGCUCGGAAUUCCUAUUUCUCUCGUCGAACAAGCAGGACAUGGAGGACUGGGUAAACAAAAUAUCCUUCCACGCAAAAUUGCCACCAAGUCUACAAUUGAUGAGCUACGAUGACUCUCACAAGAAUCAGUCAGCCGAUCACGUGGAGGACGCACCGUCGACUGGCAGUAGCCACGCAUCGACGCCUGAAAUGGAACGCAAGAAUUCCGUCAUUAGACGAGACGUCACCACCAGUCCCAAUAAAGCUCAAGCCGAAUUCGCUCCCCAAUCGCAGCAGCAGCAGCAGCAGCAGGGUCACCACCACCAACAUCACCAACACCACCAUCAUAACAUCCAUCAUCAGCAUCAACAGCAUCACAAUAAAAAGCGACACGAUUCCAAUCGCAAUCCCGACAACGUAGGUCUACCAAGGUCACCUCUUGAUUCUCAACCUCAAAAGGAGUUCCUGCAGAUGUAUAUGCAGCAGCAGCAUCAACAACAACAGCAACAGCAGCACCUUCAUCACCACACAAUGCAGCAGCAGCAGCAAGUCAGAUCUCACGAGCAGCAGUACAUGAUGCAUCCGAGCGAGAAGCCGCCAAUUCCUCCAAGAGGCGCUCCACCACCAGUUCCCGCGAGAUCACCCAGUUUUGAGAAUACGGUGGCACUGAGACGCAAUGACGUCGAACAUUAUGCGCCGCAAACAAGACCACAGUCUUAUCAACCACCGAGCGCAAACAUGAAUCUAAAUGGUACGUCUGGUCAAUAUGCCACGAAUGACAAUAAUUGGCAUAGACAGUCGAAUGUCGAACACAAUUCACACAAUCAGCAACAAGGUAUACGCAUUGCCAAAAUAGUGCCACCGCUGCCGUCGACUGCCCCUCCGCCCGCGAAUAAAAUAACCCACUGGAACAGCUCGCACGAUAGUGCUUAUGGAAAUAUACCGGUGAACUCGAGACAGAUGAGCGGACAGCACCAAAUGAAUACAUUUACUGGGAGGCCGAACUCGUUGCCGCCUUACGUGGCGCCGCCAAUGGCGUCGUUGCCGACGGUACCGCCGACGAUUACGGUGGUGGACGGUGCCGGGAGGAGACCUUCCGAGAGUGGUUCGGAGAGCGAGCAGAGCUUCGGCGGUUCGCGUAAGGAUCGCGAUUUUAAGAAAACUUCGGUAUUGAGUAAUUUGUUCGGUAGGCGCAAGAAGUCCUCGCAACAAUAAUUAUAUACGUAUUUGCUAUCAUCAGCUGGACUGCGAGAUUAUUAUUAUUUUUUUUAAUUAAGAUUUCUCGUAAGCUUGUCAGAUGAGAUUGCAAUCUAACCUUCGCACGAGGACUUUUGAUUAUUUUAGAUUAUUUUUAUUUGCAUAACGUGAAAUUUAAUAGCCUGGAGGAGGUCUUUAGUGUAGGAUUUGAAUCUUGUGUAUAAUUAUUGAAAUUCUUCUUGAACAUUUCAUUUGUUUAUCGACU